GUGGCUUCAUUUUAAUCGGGUUUCGCAAUAUUUAGUGCAAAAAUGAAAUCGUUUGUGGGAUUUUUGGUAGCUGUGGUUUUGGUUGCCGAAUUAUCAGCCGUUCCACUUCGAAACAAUUCUGAAUCAGAUGGAUGGUUCGUUCCGACGGUAGAUGGCAAAUUCUUCUGGAUGACUCGGGAGCAGUUUGAAAAUGAGUACAAUCAUCCGAAGGAAAGGAAAACUGUUGUGGUCGAGUAUUACUUAUAUACCCCUGAAAGUCCUGAGACUCCUGAGCAAUUGUACAUAGAUGAUGUCGACUCCUUGGCUGCUUCCAGUUUUAACAAGGAUAGGCCUACAAGGUUUAUCGUCCAUGGUUGGCAAGACGAUUCAAAUUCCGAUGUCAAUGUGUUAAUCCGAGAAGCACUGCUACAAGUAGGAGACUUUAACGUGAUAAGUGUCGAUUGGCAUUCAGCCUCUGGAUCUUUGAACUACGCCAGUUCUAAGAGUGCUGUCUCAACAGUUGGCAAGAACUUGGCUCUAUUCAUUGACUUCCUUAACGAAGAGGCUAACAUGCCAUUUGAAAGCUUAACUUUAAUAGGCCACAGCCUUGGAGCCCAUGUGUGUGGAUAUGCUGGCAAAAAUGUAAUGAAUGGAAGAAUAAAUAUCAUCACAGGGCUUGAUCCAGCUGGUCCGCUUUUCGACUACUCCAACUGCGAUACAAGACUCUGUUCCACUGAUGCAGAAUUUGUGGAUUCCAUUCAGACCAAUGGCAAGCUUUUGGGUUUUCUGAAACCCAUUGGCAAGGCUGCAUAUUAUCCAAAUGGUGGAAAAUCUCAACCUGGAUGCUUACUCGAUUUGGCUGGAGUUUGUUCACAUUCGCGAGCGUUUAUUUACUACGCUGAAGCUUUGGUGGAAAAUAAUUUCCUUGCCAUGAAAUGUAGUGACUACGAAGAAGCAGUUGCAAAAAGUUGUGAAGAAUCAUCAUAUGGAAGUUAUAAAAUGGCCGCACCUGGAAGUCAAUUAAAUGAUGGAUGUUAUUAUGUUCCAGUCAAUAAGAAAUCUUUAUUUGGAACGGGUUGACUUGUUAAUUUGAAUCUAAAUUAUGUAUUUAACUGUGUUAUAGAAUCUAAUUAUAAACUAAGAACAUUUAUGAGUAA